AGACUACAGAGGAACAAAGGGCAAAUGAGUAUGAGAAUAAAAGGUGCUUGAUUGGAACACUCUGGUGUGACCAAAGCAUCGCUGCAGAGCCUGUUGAGGUAAUAAAAGAAAAGUCGACGAGAGGCGGGCCUUCGUCUGUCAUGUUUACAGGCCGCUUUCAACAACAAAAUUUACCAUGACAAGCGUUAAUUCAACCGAGCGGGCUCUUCACUCGACAUAUCGUACUUAGCUAAUGGUCUAGCUAGAUAGAGGCAGCCUUUCCACUAGCCUGGGUUAAAACAUACUCGGGUUAAAAGUUAUCCGUUUUUAAAGUGAGUCAAUGGAAACGGCACUUUUCUUCGACCCAUUUUUAAUCCGUUUUUGAUCGUUCCCACUAAGCCGGGUUAAUAUGUAUCCAGGGUUAAAAGUUGUAAGAGAGAUAAGUAUUUGCAUCAAUAAUCCUUCAAUUUCUAUCGUUGUAAGCCAAUGGAAGCAACAUUGACAGUCAGGAUUUUGUUUUUUGAUUUUUGGCGCCGUCUCAAUUUUUAAACGUUGCUGUUGUUGCAAGUGGAUCAAAAGUUAUCCGGGUUCGGCGUUUCCAUUAACUCACAGGUGAGUCAAAAGAUACCCGGGUAAAAACUGACCCACUUUGAGACCCGUUUUCAAACUUAUCCGUUUUUCAAGUGGGUUAGUGGGAACGCGACGCAGAAACGGAUAGCUGAAAUCGGAUUCGUUUUAAAAUGUAUGCAUUCACUUGAUUCUAGAGACUUUGAUAUCAUUCUUCAGAGGUGUCAGAAAGUUUUUGACGGAGGGCCCUUUUAACAUGGGGUAGAAUAUCUUCCCCGUCCAAUGCGUACAUGCUUCAAGGGGGCACUAGCCCCCUAGCUUUUCAAUAGUAGCAUCUUGAAAGAAAAUAAAAUCGCUAUGAAAUGGGCAUGAUUAACGAAAGCAAUUUGCCCGACAAAAUCUGCUUUUUUAAAGAUUGGGGAGGGGUUGCAGCACCUCCCCCAAUACCCUCCAGCAGUUUCGCCCCUGUUUGUCAUGAUUUCACCAAUCAAGCUGAUUGGCCUUAACUCACCCUCGGGGGAGGGGGGUAACUUAAUAGGUUUGACGUACGGGGACGUGCCAUUAUUUAGGGGUACCUUUAUCAAAAAAAUGCGGAAUUAUGGGUAUUAGUUUUUCAAUUAUGUGCGGAAUUAUGGGUACCAUUUGAAGAAAUAUACAGAGUUAUCGAUACCAUUUUGGAAAACCAGUUAGCUAGGAACUUAGCAACACCAUUAGGCAUGCAAAAAUCAUAUUUUGACAACCAUGGCUAUAACGGAACUGAAGGAAAACAUGACUGGUUUGAAAAGCUUUUAGCCAGUGGUGAUCAUGGAAACUUUUUUAAGAACAUGCAGAAAGAUUCUAUUGAUAAUGACACAGAAGAAGAAGCUGAUGGCCUUAUUGAUGAAGCAAAUACCUCAGAUGAUUCCUACAGUGAACAGCUUACCCCAGACAGAGAAGAACAACUAGCAAUGCAAUCUGCUCUUGAAAGAUGUGUUGCCCAGCAUAAUAGUAAACAUGCAACUGACCAAAAGGAAAGCUCAAAGCACUUUCCAACAAUAAUGGUACCAGGACAUGGGAGGCAGUAUAAAUCAACCCUUGUAAGGCUUAUCAACGAGGACCCGCAUUUAUCCAAGGAUCGGUAAGGAUCGGUUGUUUCCUUUCCCUUUGCAGUUGUUGUCUAAACUUGGGCAUUGCAAAUAACUUGUUCUUGUUCCAACUGCAGUGCAAGUUGUGUAAAUUAUUACACAUUGGAGAACUUGCCAUUACUGUAUUCUCAGAUUUUCGAAAAAUACUCCUACUGUACGGGCGAUUCCAUCCCUGCAUUGCCCUACCCUGGGUUGCGGCUCUGGUACCCAGGGUUGCAUUGCCCUGACUUUGUACCAUUCAGCACAAGAUUCAUCUCCAGAUUCAUCCCCAGAUUCAUCUCCAGAUUCAUCCCCAGAUUCAUCUCCAGAUUCAUCUCCAGAUUCAUCUCCAGAUUCAUCUCCAGAUUCAUCCCCAGAUUCAUCUCCAGAUUCAUCUCCAGAUUCAUCUCCAGAUUCAUCCCCAGAUUCAUCCCCAGCUUCAUCUCCAGUUUCAUCCCCAGAUUCAUCUCCAGAUUCAUCCCCAGAUUCAUCUCCAGAUUCAUCUCCAGAUUCAUCUCCAGAUUCAUCUCCAGAUUCAUCCCCAGAUUCAUCCCCAGCUUAAUCUCCAGUUUCAUCUCCAGAUUCAUCCCCAGAUUCAUCUCCAGAUUCAUCUCCAGAUUCAUCCCCAGAUUCAUCCCCAGAUUAAUCCCCAGAUUCAUCUCCAGAUUCAUCUCCAGAUUCAUCCCCAGAUUCAUCCCCAGAUUCAUCCCCAGAUUCAUCUCCAGAUUCAUCCCCAGAUUCAUCUCCAGAUUCAUCCCCAGAUUAAUCCCCAGAUUCAUCCCCAGAUUCAAAAACUUGCUUGCACUGUGCAAUUAGUAAGAAAAUGUGUUAUUUCCCAAGUUUCUAUUCAAUUUCCACUCGAUAAAAGCUUUUUUUUGCCAAUUCAUCCUUGAUGUUUUUAGCGGGCCCAGGCGUGCGUAUUUUCCAUCCCCAGAUUUAUGCCCAGAUUCGCGUUUUGCUUAAUAUGGGUCUAAAAAUAGCUUGAGAUGUGUCAAAAUGACAAUUUUGAGCCUACCAAUGUUGCUAGCUGGCCUAGGCAGUACUUUUUAUCCCCAGAUUCACGGUCAUAGGGAUACCAAAAGACCACGGGGAUACUAUUGCCAAACCAAUAACCGAACAGCAGUAAUUAACGCACAAAACAAAUUUCAAGAGAACAGUUUUAGAAAAUCAAAACAGAACAGCAGCAUUUCUAAUUACAAUUUUUUGAAGCAACAUGACAUAUAAAGCUUGCUGAAUUGUAGCAAGAAGAUCAUAAAAGCAAUCAAAUUAAAAGGCAUCAUUAUAUGUCGAAUUGACGUUAAAAAUUGUGUGCCAUAUAAAUGUAUCUUUCUUUUUUUCUCCAUUACUUCAAAAAAAUUUGAAAAACAAUAAAGAUUUUGAGGUACAAAGUAACGGCCACAUGGUAUUUGUCCUAUUUCAAUAGAAUGCUUUAUCAUAUUUUAUCAAUGACAAAAACAUUUUCUCUCGAACCAAGGGCAAUACUUGUCCCCUCAUACCCCCUCUUGUCCUCCGUGGGGCACAGUUGAUCGGAGUACAGAAACUACACCGGGCGAUUGAUAAUAACCAGUAGAUCGAAUUUUCUGUUUAAACGUUCAGGUUUUAAAAAAUAAUAAACGACAAAAGAUUUUGGUAUUUAACGAAUAUAUCGAAGAACAAAAAGAAGCAUGCUCGGUAGAAAAAUCUAUCCUAAGAAUGUUCCAUAUAUAAUUUGUCAUAUGAAGUUGUACUUCAGAUAUCCUACGCAGUCAUUUCAUCACAAACAGCUCCUUGACGCACUUGAUUAAGGGCAUUCUUCACCUUCCUAGCCUUUCUUACUGAACCAGGCCAUUCCAAAACGUACGUGUCUUCGUUCAUAACAUAAACCUCCGAUUUCUUCACCAUUAUCAAAUAUUGUUCACCAGAUUUGAUCUCUGGAUAGUCGCAGUUUGUUAAUUUGUACAUGUACACCUCGAUAUCUUUCUUCAGGCCAUUCGAAUAAGUUUUGUAGACAUCCACCACUCGAAAUGCAAUUUUCUGCAUCGAAU